AUGGUUCAUGGCCGGCCAGCCUACCGCAAGCCUGGCACCAGGACGGUUAUCAGAUACUGGCCCGUGGCGGAUCGCUGGCUGAUCGACAGGGAAGGUGUGCAGGAGUCGGACGUGUGCAACGCCUACGCGGAGCAGGGGGGCGCGCGCCACCCCGCGGUGGAGGAGCUGGUGUGGCGAGUCUGGGAGUCCCAGCACCGGCAACACGUCCGAGACCCCGAGUUCCUUGUCACUGCGGCGCCCCUUUGCAUCCAGGUCUUGGGGCGCGCCGCGGGCAAGGAGAACUGGGCGCUGAAUGGGGAGUAUCGGUUGAUCGGCCUGCACCAGGGCAAGGUCGCUUAUCAGAAGGCGGGCAAAUUCAAGCACCUCGGCAGGUGGCUGGUGGAUUUGGAAGGCCUCCGGGAUGUGGACAUUUGCAACGCCUAUGCGGACGCGCAGGGCACCAGCUACCCAGGCGAGAUCCGCCUCUCCUGGCACAUCUGGGAUUCGACCAGGCAGCGCCACACCUUAGACAGCAGCCUCUGCACCCUGGUGACGCCCUCCUGCAUCGAGGUGGUUGGCCGAGAGGCGCCCAAGGAGAACAUGGCGAUGAACGGCAGCUAUCACUUGGUGGGCUUACACGCCGGGCAGCCGGCGUACAUGAAGGCGGACGGCAGCGGCCACGCCAUCCGUUACUGGCCACGGGAGGAGCGGUGGCUCAUCGACCUGGAUGGCUUGCGGGACACAGAGAUCUGCAAUGCCUACGCGGAAGCCGGUGGUACAGGAGCUCACAUGCAUCCUGGCCAUCUGAAUCUUGUGUGGCACGUCUGGGAGACGAGCCGCGGGCGGCACCUCACGGAUCCGGCGGUGCGCUCGUUCGUAGCGCCGCACUACGUGCGGAUAUCUGGCAGAGAUCCUUACAAGGAGAAUUCCACGAUCAAUGGCGACUACGAGCUCGCGAAGAUUGUGGAAGGCAAGCCGGCGUACAAGAAGGCGCUGAGGGUGGGCAUGCGAGCCGACAGUGACCACGUCAUCCGAUUCUGGCCUGCGGAGGAGCGGUGGAUCAUUGACUUAGAGGCCGGUUUCCAUGGUGGAGACGUCGCCAACUCCUUCGCGGAUGCGAAAGGCGCUGAGAACCCUGGAAACAGCGAACUGCUGUGGUACGUCUGGGAGACCAGCCGUGGACGCCAUGUGCCCGACGAGGAUGUGGUGGCUGACGCCGUUUGGCUGCCACAGGCCCGGCGCCGGGCCCGAGGUUGUCGGUUUCGGCAGGGGCUUCUCUGA